GUGUCCGGCGGAUACAUUGUUGCCCCUGACUGGAUACAGUCUCCACGUUCCACCCAUGUAUCCACAGCCCCGGGAGCAGAGGCGAGUCACCGACUCGGAGAAGAGCCGCUGUGCCGCGGUUUUUCGGGAGUGUGAUUCGAGUCGGAGCGGAUACCUGAGCAGGGAGGACCUGAAAGUCGCCGUGGUGUCGAUGUUUGGAUACAAGCCGUCGAAGAUGGAGACGGACAUGCUGAUGACUUCAGUGCCGGAGGACAACCAUUUGCCAGGCUUGCCUCUGGACCAGUUCACAAGCCUCAUGUGCAGCAAGCUGGCAGCCAUGGACCCAUAUGAAGAAUCAAGGCAGAUCUUCUCGGCGUUUGAUGUCCACUGUCGUAGUUUUUUGACAGUGGAGGAUUUUAAGAGGGCGUUCGCAAAAGUGGCUCCACAUCUAUCCGAACAAACUGUGCUCGAAGCCUUCAGGGAAGUGGAUCGGGACUCAGACGGUCGCGUCAGCUUCAGGGACUUUGAGAUGGUGAUGGGCCACCAGUAGGAAGGCGAUGAAGGCUGGAAUGAGGACAAGGACUUCAACCCUCGACCCGAUUGUUUCUGUAAUUCCUGUUCGAUGUGUGUGUGUGUGUGUGUGCGACUGAACCCUGAACUGUCGUGUUUAGCAGGGGAGGGUCACUUCCGCAAAGUCUAUUGUGGUGAAUCGUGCCUCCGUCCAAGUUGGCCCCAACCAACAUGUGCUUUGAGAGUGUGGACCUCAUUAGCUCCCUGACAUGGGGACCCUUGGCCUACUCUGUGAUAAAACAUCGAUCUAUCACAGAAGCACUUUGUGACUUUU